CGCGCUGGAGGGCCCUUAGUGUCCUGGUGCGCAGGCGCCCGGGGAGCUGCAAACAGGAGUAGCAAUGGACGCGCUGGAGUCGUUGUUGGACGAGGUGGCCCUGGAGGGGCUUGAUGGCCUGUGUCUGCCCGCGCUGUGGAGCCGUCUGGAGACGCGAGUGCCUCCCUUCCCGCUGCCUUUGGAGCCCUACACGCAGGAGUUCCUCUGGCGGGCCCUUGCCACUCACCCGGGCAUCAGCUUCUAUGAAGAGCCUCGGGAGCGACCCGACCUCCAGCUCCAGGACCGGUAUGAAGAGAUUGACUUGGAAACCGGAAUUUUGGAGUCCCGGAGGGAUCCAGUCGCUUUGGAGGAUGUCUACCCCAUUCACAUGAUCUUAGAGAAUAAGGACGGCAUCCAGGGCUCAUGCCGGUACUUCAAGGAGAGGAAAAACAUAACCAGUGACAUCAGGACCAAGUCUCUACAGCCCCGUUGUAUGAUGGUGGAAGCCUUUGGCAGGUGGGGAAAGAGACUGAUCAUCGUUGCCUCCCAGGACAUGCGUUACAGGGCCUUGAUAGGCUUGGAGGGGGACCCCGACCUGAAGCUCCCCGACUUCUCCUACUGCAUUUUGGAGCGAUUAGGCCGGUCCCGGUGGCAAGGGGAGCUCCAGCGAGACCUCCAUACCACUGCUUUCAAGGUUGAUGCUGGGAAGCUCCACUAUCACCGGAAAAUUCUGAACAAAAACGGGCUCAUUACGAUGCAGUCACAUGUGAUCCGAUUACCCACGGGAGCCCAGCAGCACUCAAUUCUCCUCCUCCUGAAUCGGUUUCAUGUGGACAGGAGGAGCAAAUACGACAUCCUCAUGGAGAAGCUCUCUGGUGUGCUGAGCACACGGAGUAACCAGAUGGAGACCCUGGGCAGGCUGAGGGAAGAACUGGGGCUGUGCGAAAGGACGUUCAAGCGGUUGUACCAGUACAUGCUGAACGCUGGCCUUGCGAAGGUGGUGUCCCUCCCCUUGCAAGAGAUCCACCCGGAGUGUGGGCCUUGUAAGACAAAGAAAGGGACGGACGUCAUGGUGCGCUGCCUCAGGCUGCUGAAGGAAUUUAAACGGAAGGUCGAGGAUGACCAUGACCAGGACGACGAUGAGGAUGAGGAGGUCAUCUCCAAGGCAGUGCCCCCGGUGGACAUCGUGUACGAGCGGGACAUGCUCACGCAGACCUACGAACUCAUUGAGCGCAGAGGCACAAAAGGAAUCUCCCAAGCUGAAAUCCGAGUGGCUAUGAAUGUGGGAAAGCUGGAAGCAAGAAUGCUGUGUCGUCUUCUUCAGAGAUUCAAGGUUGUCAAGGGGUUCAUGGAAGAUGAAGGACGUCAGCGGACCACCAAGUACAUCUCCUGCGUGUUUGCAGAAGAGAGCGAUCUGAGCCGGCAGUACAAAAGGGAGAAAGCUCGGAGCCAGCUGCUGACCACAGUGAGCCUGGCCUCGGUGCAGGAGGAGUCACUCGUGCCUGAAGGGGAGGACACGUUCCUCUCCGAGUCCGACAGCGAGGAGGAGGGCCGCAGCAAGAGGAAAGGCAGAGUGUCCCAGAGUGACGGGAAGGCCUGCCUGAACGCCAGUCUCGGGACCCAGCCUCAUCAGUCCACCUCAGCAAAGGGGGGCUGGAAAGUCGGAAACCUCCACCCACAGAAGAAGCAACUGCCUUCCUCCCUGGGGGCGGCUGAGGAGAAACGCUGCCAGAGCUCCGCGAGCAGGGAUGGCCCGCAGGACCCCGGCAGCUCUGCAGACCCCGGCGUGUCCUUCGGCUCCCGCUGCACGAAGAGCAGCAGCGGUGACAUAACUGUGAUCGAAGAGGUCAGGCUUGAGAACCCAAAGGAGAGUGGCAGUUCCCAGAAGACGGGGAAGCAUGGCCCAGGCCAAGACAAACCCCACGAAACUUACCGACUCCUCAAACGCAGGAACCUGAUCAUAGAAGCCGUCACCAACCUGCGCUUAAUCGAGAGCUUGUUCACGAUUCAGAAAAUGAUCAUGGAUCAGGAGAAGCAAGAAGGUGUGUCUACCAAGUGCUGCAAGAAGUCCAUUGUCCGCUUGGUGCGCAACCUGUCUGAGGAGGGCCUCCUGAGACUGUAUCGGACCACGGUUAUUCAGGAUGGCAUCAAGAAGAAGGUGGAUCUGGUUGUGCACCCGUCCAUGGACCAGAAUGACCCGCUGGUGAGAAGUGCCAUCGAGCAGGUCCGUUUCCGGAUCUCCAAUUCCAGCACAGCAAACAGGGUUAAAGUGCCCCAGCCUCCAGUGCCUCAAGAAGUUGAAGAAGAAAGUCAAGGAAAAGAGGGUCCGAGUGGAUCAGGAGACUCUCAGUUGAAUGCUUCCUCUAAACCAGAAAGUGGACGGGUGAAGAAAACUGAUGAGAAAAUGGGCAUCACCCAGCUGAAAAAUUAUAACCCUGUUAUAGUUCCAGGACUUGGCCGCUCUCUAGGGUUUCUGCCCAAAAUGCCUCGCCUGCGGGCAAUACACAUGUUUCUGUGGUACCUAAUCUAUGGGCACCCUACCGGCCACAUGGGGGACAAACCGGGCCUUGGCAGUACAAGAAGAACAGGAAAGCAGAACCUGGGCAGGAUGAGAGUCGCAUCCUCCUCCAGAAGUGACCUAGAGGCCUCCUCUGCCCCACCCAAGGACCACCAAGAUGGAACCCCCCUGGAGACUGAAGUGGAGCUCCCCACGGAGGAAGUAUAUGUGGAUGAAGCCUCAUGGAAACGCUACGUCCCUCCCAUCCCAGUCCACAAGGACUUUGGCUUCGGCUGGGCUCUUGUCAGUGACAUUCUCCUCUGCCUGCCCCUCUCCAUCUUUAUUCAGAUUGUGCAAGUCAGUUACAAGGUAGAUGACCUUGAGGAGUUUCUGAACGACCCUCUGAAGAAGCACACGCUGAUCCGCUUUCUGCCCAGGCCCGUCCGGCAGCAGCUUCUGUACAAGAGACGGUACAUUUUUUCUGUGGUAGAGAACCUUCAGAGGCUGUGCCACAUGGGGCUGCUGCAGUUUGGCCCCACGGAAAAGUUCCAGGAUAAAGAUCAGGUCUUCAUCUUCUUGAAGAAGAACGCGGUCAUCGUCGACACCACCAUCUGUGACCCACAUUACAACCUGGCCCACAGCAGCCGGCCCUUCGAAAGGCGCCUGUACGUCCUGAACUCCAUGCAGGAUGUGGAGAACUACUGGUUUGAUCUGCAGUGCGUCUGUCUCAACACCCCUUUAGGUGUGGUGCGCUACCCGCGGGUCAGGAGGAGCAGCGCCCAGGAUCAGGGCCUCGAGGAGGAGGGCAGUCUGCAGAAGGAGCAGGAGAGCGCCAUCGACAAGCACAACCUGGAGCGCAAGUGCGCCAUGAUGGAGUACAACACGGGCAGCCGUGAGGUUGUGGAUGAAGGCUCGAUCCCUGGGGAUGGGCUGGGAGCCGCUGGGCUCGAUUCCAGUUUCUACGGGCACCUAAAGCGCAACUGGAUCUGGACCAGCUACAUCAUCAGCAAGGCCAAGAAGGAGAACACUGCUUCUGAAAAUGGGCUCAUGGUGAGGCUCCAGACGUUUCUAUCCAAGCGCCCAUUGCCACUCGGUGCCGGAGGCAGUGGCAGGUUGAAUAUCUGGGGGGAAGCCAGAGUGGGAACUGAGCUGUGCGCUGACCGGGAAGAGCAGUUCGAGAUUGACCGAGAGCCCAUGCUGGACAGGAACCGGAGAGUGAGGGGUGGAAGAAGCCAGAAGCGGAAACGGCUGAAGAGAGACCCUGGAAAGAAGAUCAAGAGAAAGAAAAAAGAAGAGUCCCCCCAAGAGAAAAGCAGGAGCCUGCGUUACCACGAUGAGGCCGACCAGAGCGCCCUGCAGAGGAUGACCCGGCUGCGUGUCACCUGGUCCAUGCAGGAGGACGGGUUGCUCAUGCUCUGCCGGAUAGCCAGCAAUGUCCUCAACACCAAGGUGAAGGGCCCCUUCGUCCCCUGGCAGGUUGUGCGGGACAUUUUGCACGCUACCUUUGAAGAGUCUCUGGAUAAAACAUCUCACUCAGUUGGACGAAGAGCUCGCUACAUCGUCAAAAACCCACAAGCCUAUCUGAACUAUAAGGUUUGCCUCGCUGAGGUGUACCAGGACAAGGCACUUGUUGGAGAUUUCAUGAAUCGAAAAUGUGAUUACGAAGACCCAAAGGUUUGUGCCAAUGAGUUUAAAGAAUUUGUGGAGAAGCUCAAAGAGAAGUUCAGUUCGGCUCUAAAGAAUCCUAACCUUGAAAUCCCAGACACGCUCCAGGAGCUGUUUGCCAGAUACCGAGUUUUGGCGAUUGGAGAUGAAAAGGAUCCAACGAGGAAAGAGGAUGAACUGAAUACCAUGGAUGACAUCCACUUCCUGGUGCUCCAAAACCUGGUCCAGAGCACGCUGGCCCUCUCGGACAGCCAAAUGGAGUCCUGCCGGUCAUUUCAGACUUUCCGCCUGUACCGAGAGUAUAAGGACCACAUCCUCGUGAAGGCCUUCAUGGAGUGCCAGAAAAGGAGCUUGGUCAACCGGCGCCGCGUCAACCACAUGCUGGGCCCCAAGAAGAACCGGGCUCUGCCCUUCGUGCCCAUGUCCUACCAGCUGUCCCAGACCUACUACAGGAUUUUUACAUGGCGAUUUCCAAGCACUGUCUGCACGGAAUCGUUCCAGUUCUUCAGCACAAUCCUGGCUGCCGGCAAGUUGGACCAGCCCGAUAAUUUUUCCUUCAAAGACCAGGAUAAUCACAAGUCUACAAGCCACCUGGUGGCAUUUUCUCUGGACAGCCCUGGAGGGCACUGCGUGGCCGCCCUGACCCUUUUCUCUUUGGGCCUCAUUUCCGUGGAUGUCCGGAUCCCGGAGCAGAUUGUCGUGGUGGACAGCUCCAUGGUGGAGAAUGAGGUCAUGAAGAGUCUGGGGAAGGACGGGGGCUUGGACGAGGAUGACGACGAGGAGGAAGACUUGGACGAUGGCUCGGGGAGCAAGCGCCGGGCCAUCGAGGUGAAAGCCCGCCAGGCCUCCCACACCAACUACCUGCUGAUGCGGGGCUAUUGCGCGCCCGGCAUCGUCAGCACCCGCAACCUCAACCCCAACGACAGCAUCGUGGUGAACUCCUGCCAGGUGACGUUCCGCCUGCGCCGCACCCCCGCGCCCACCCGGCUCUGGCCCACCGUCCCUUCUCUGGAAGAGCUACCCGUGGGCAUAUCCUGCCUCCCUGACAGCUUCACCAGGCUGAUCAAGAGCCAGGGGGCCACCUGCAGCCUGGAGGAGUUUGUCCACCAGGUGGAGCUGUGCGGGUAUGAGCCGGGAGAUGUGUGUGCCGUCUUGGAGGUCCACGGGGUCAUUGCAGCCACAGGGUGCUUUGGGGUGGACAGAGUGGAGCUGAGCAGAUGGUUCUCUGCCUUUGAGCGGACAGACGCCGAGCGCACCAGGACCUUCGCAGACUAUAUCCAGGACCUCCUGGAGCACCACCAGGUCCUGGAAGUCGGUGGCAACACCACUCGCCUGGUGGCCAUGGCCUCUGCCCAGCCCUGGCUCCUGCACUCGGUGCGGCUGAAAGGCAGAGAGGAGGAUGCGUACCCUCAAAGAGAAGACCCCCAGGCCAGACCCCGAGACGGGCCUGCCAGUGAGGACAGCCCCUCGGGGAGGCAGGCACCGCCCUCCCAGGGCCCCCGGAGCACCAAGAGGCGUGCUAGCUGGACGAGCAGUCACAUGGCCUAUCAGGGCAGGGAGACGGACCCCGAGAGUACCCAGAAGCCCCCCGCCAAGAGGCCCACGCUCCAGGAUGUGCGCUGGGCCCCCAGCCCCAGGCCCAGAGCAGAAGAAGAGCUAGAGCCCCCGGCACCUGCUCUGCCACCAGUUCCCGGAGACACAGGUGUGAAGGAGCCUCCCCCAGGAGCACCGGAGGCCGGGCAGGAGGACCAGGAGGAGCAGCUGAGCUGUCAGGCCCAGCUUCCAGAAGGAUCUGAAGACCCCAGAGGUUUGGCCGAGAGUUCUGUGGCCAGCAGCCUCUCCCAAGCAGCACGGGAAAAGGACUGCGAGAACAUCUCCUUCAUCGCCCGCCCGUGGCGCAUCGUGGACGGCCACCUGAACGUGCCGGUGUGCAAGGGCAUGAUGGAGGCCGUGCUCUACCACAUCAUGACCCGGCCCGGCAUCCCCGAGAGCCGCCUGCUGCAGCACUACCAGGGCGUCCUGCAGCCCAUCGCCGUGCUCGAGCUGCUGCAGGGCCUGGAAUCCCUGGGCUGCAUUAAGAAGUGCUUGCUGAGGAAGCCGGCGGCCGUCUCGCUCUUCUCCAAGCCCCAGGUCCCGGAGGUCCAGGCGCCCUCCAGCCCGAGCGAGAGCCCCACUGUGUUCUACGAGCCCACGCUGGACUGCACCCUGCGGUUGGGCCGCGUGUUCCCCCACGAGGUCAACUGGAACAAGUGGGUCCACUUAUGAGGCACGUGCGGUCACCACGACCCCCCCUCCCUGCCACUGGUGCCUGAGGAGGGCGUGACUCCCUGGGGGGGGCUCCACCUGGCCCCCGCGUGCGCCGCACCCUGCCCGGGGCACAGGGACAGGUCUGUGCCAAGCCUCGGGCCCGGAACUCGGAAGAGGGCCUCCCGCCCGCCUGCUCCGGGGGGCUUCCUGGACGGAGGGCCCUGCUCCGUCCCGCCGGGCGUUGUCAGGGAGCAGCUACCAGGAGGCUUGGGUCCCUGCUGUCCCUCUCUCGUUCCCAGGGCGUGUUAGCCGUGGCUGCAGGCACGGAUCCUGCACUCCGUCGCUGCCUGCUUUCUCUGCGGAACUUGGGUUGUGGUGAGUCUGAGAGGCCCUGGUGGGCUUGGCCUCCAAGGGCCUCCACCGUUAGGGAGCGGAGCUGCCGGCCCGGGCCCCCGUGCCUUCCACCUUCCGUAUGGACCUCGGCGGCGUCAUCCUUUGGCCAGUGAGGGUCAGGAGCUGGCCUUGCUCACAGCCCUCGUUGCAGAUUCCAGCCACCAUGGCAGAAAGGCCAAGUGCCCCAAGUGGCAGGGCCUCGUGGGGGGCGCGUCACAGAACGGGCUGUGUGUCCUGCCACCCAGGGCCCCAGCAGGGACUGACCCCUCUCCAGGCAGGACAUCGGACCCUGAGCCUGGGGCCCCCUUGUUGGUCCCACAAGACAACCGGCGGGCCUCCGGGGGGUGGGGGUGGGGGGCGCCUUUCCCGCAGCUGGAGCCGAGGAGCUGAGCGGGCCUACAGUUGGUUUGUUCUUUUCCCUUCUUUUCUCUUUAAAAAAAACCCCUUGGCAUGUAUUUAUUUAUUUUGUAAUUAAAG